AUGAAAUUGAAAACCACUUUCUUGUUAUUAUUAGUGUAUUGUGUGGAGGAAUAUUGUUUGGGAACAAAGUUGUCUAGUAAAAAUGAACUAAGGAGUAGCAGAGCUGACGAAGGAAUGGAUGUAUCAGAUUUUUCUGUUUAUUACGAUAUAGAAACGAAUAAGGUAAUAAAGAAAAUGAUGCCCCGUCCGUGGUAUAGUCCUGGAUGGUCAUUACGUUUACCAUUUACCGGCGGCAAGUGUAAAUGUGAUAGUUAUGUAUGUGAAUGCUGCACCGGUGUCCGUAUUGAAUCUUUAAAUUUUGACAGAAGAACAUGCGCUGUACUGACAUUUGAACCUUUGGAAUCUACUUUAGACUUGGAAGUGAGAAUGAAUAAUGACAGUGUAUACAGAAAUACGUUUUCUGCCCGAAAUCCGCCGCCAUUUUGCAUUCCGAUUCCUGUACCUUAUCUACCGCCAGGCCUGGUAGAUAUGUGCGUAAGGCUUUUCGACAUUAACAUAAUUCAGCAGAUGUUGCAUGUCUGUAUGGAUAUGGAUACCAGAAUUGAUAAGGCCCCUGUAUUGAUUCUACACUUCGAUUGCAUGGAUAUGGGACUAAAUGGAAUUGGUUUAUCGAAACCUGGCAAUAGUGGGCUAAAUCAAGUGUCAAAUGACACCGCUGGAACGGAGCAACUGGACAGCGACAUUUAUGACCCUGUAACGGAAAACAUUUCGACUACAACAAGAAUGUUUCAAAAUAGUAUUAAAUAUAUUUAA